AUGAAGGUCCUGGCAAGAAGCUACGUGUGGUGGCUGGGCAUCGACGCUGCUGUUGAGGAGUGGGUGAGCCGUUGCCAACCCUGCCAGGAGUCACGCCCGGAAAAGCCGCGGGCCCCAACCCAGCGCUGGGAGUCUACCCACACACCCUGGUCCCGCAUCCACAUAGACUUUGCGGGUCCCUUCCAGGGUAAGACUUUUUUGAUUAUCGUGGACUCUUACUCUAAAUGGCUGGAGGUGAUCGAUGUCGGCUCUAUGACCUCACGCACGGUCAUCAUUGAGCUGCACAAAGUUUUUGCAACCCACGACUUGCCGGACACUGUGGUCUCCGACAACGGGGCCCAAUUUACGUCCUCUGAGUUCAAGGACUUCCUGGCCAAGAACUUGAUACGCCACACAACGUCGGCCCUGUUCCACCCCACCACCAACGGACAAGCGGAACGGAUGGUCUGGACUACCAAGGAUGCAUUGCGGCGCAUCGACCGGCAUGACUGGGACAGGGGGUUGGUGGAUUUCCUCCUGGCUCAGCACACCACGCCCAACUCCGCGACCGGGAAGAGCCCCAUGGAACUCCUCAUGGGUCGCCGGCCGAAAACCAUGCUCGACCGGCUGCACCCCGACCUGGCACCGGAGUACCCGGGCCGCAAAGACUCGCCCGCCUCCCCACGGGUCGUGGAGCAUGAUGACCCUGUGUUCGCCCGAAACUACGGAGAGGGCCCCGCCUGGAUCUCAGCCACGGUCCAGGACACCACCGGCCCGGUAUCCUUUUGGGUUGCUACCCCGGAGGGGUGCAUCCUGUGGCGCCACAUCGAUCAGCUACGACGACGCCCCGCCGACUUGCCGGAAGCGGCCACGGUGCCAGCGCCGCUGCCGAUUCCUGCCACCCGUGAGUCGUAA